GUGGAUAUUGCCCCAAAAGCACCCUGAACUCCUGGUAGUGUGAUUUUCCAGCUGCUUCUUUCGGGUGGCUUUCCCGGAUCGCAGCUGCAUGCGGCCCAGUUGAGAUUGGGCCUCCGACUGCGGGGAAGUCUUUGUGCAGCCAUGGGCGUGCUGAUCUUGCUGACCUUGAUUGGUCUUGUUUCAGGAGCUCACGUGCGACCACUGCACGAUUCCAGCCUGGAGCAUCUGCAUUGGAAAGGUCAAGUCGACAGUUUGGACGAAUACUUGGCAUUGACUAGUCUUACAGAUCCGAUGCCCAAGGCACCCAAUCUCGAGCUCCAUCGCAGGCGAAUGUACAUCGAGUGGACGCUGCUCUUCACGUUGGUGCCAUUGAUUCCGGCAGUGACCCUGCUGGUUCUAUAUAUGGGUUCUGCGAGGACGCCGAGCAGAGAAUGUGACGCUGCUGAUGAUGCUGCUGAGGGCGGCUGACCGCGGCGGGUCGCGGGCGUCCGUUUCGAGCGGGAGAUCCGGAGAUCUGCGGCGACCGGACGGACGGUCGUCCAUGUGAGUCCAU